AAGCAACCGCACAGCGUGGUGCGAGUCGGCCGGUACAGUGAGCGGGACAUCAACAUCGUCUCUCCCGAUUCCCCCAUCCUACCCGUCGGCUUCAAGAGCAAAGUCGUGAGCAGAAGACAUUGCGAGUUCUGGUGCAGCAAUGGGCAGUGGUACGUCAAGGACGUCAAAUCCAGUUCCGGCACCUUCCUGAAUCACGUCCGGCUCUCCUCGCCAGGGCAAGAAUCUCGCCCAUUUCCUGUUAACGAUGGCGACGUUGUCCAACUCGGCAUCGAUUUCAAGGGCGGCGAGGAGGUCAUCUUUAGGUGCGUGAAGAUACGCAUCGAAUGCAAUCGCGGCUGGCAGAAGAGCCUGAACAAUUUCAAUACCUCCGCACACAAGCGCAUCCUGAACAACAACCAAGCUGGCGGUUCAGAGGCUACAGCGACCGGUUCCUCCGAGUGCUCCAUCUGUUUAAACCCGGUAGCCCCGUGCCAAGCAUUAUUCGUCGCGCCCUGCUCACAUGUUUGGCAUUACAAGUGCAUUCGCAACUUGAUCGAAGGCCGCAACUCACCGAAUUUCAUGUGCCCGAACUGCCGAUUUGUGGCGGAUCUUGACGCGGACGUCGAACCGCCAGAAGAA